AGUGUUUAGUAAAAAUUUACAAAAGAGUAAUUAGUGAUCAGUAAUUGUUACCUUUGUUUUUUUAUUUUUGAAUAUAACCGCUGAAGUUACUAAGUUUUGGCGCGUGCGCAUUUAAAAUGUCGGUGGAUUAUGAUACAAAUCCAGAGGUCAAUGAAUCCCAGCAGUCUGACAACAUACAGAAAUUAGAGAUUGAAAAUAUACGAGACCGGAGAAAAAGUUCGCGUCGUAGUUUACUGAUAGGUUGCUUGUCUGGUCUCUCAUUAUUUCUUACUUUACUUUGUUGUUUUUUAAUUGCUGUUAUAGUAUUACUGUACCGUAAAAGUAAUUCUUCAGACUUUAUUCAAGACCCAAAUAACCCGCAAGUGUACUACAGAAUGUCUAAUAAAAACCAUCAGCAAUCAGAGUUGUCAUUUCGCCUGCCAAAAGAAGUGAAACCGCUUCAUUAUGAUCUUUAUCUCCAUCCAAAUUUAGUUGAUGGAACAUUCAAAGGUCAAGUUACGAUCUUAAUUGACGUGAUGGAAGUUAAAAAUUAUAUUGCGCUGCAUCAAAAAGAUCUUAACAUAACUAAAACAACACUAAAAACUUAUGACCGCGAUGAAAACUUUGAAAUAUCACUAAGGGAAACGUAUACUAUCGAUAAGCUCGAGGAAUUGGUUGUUAGUUGCAAUGAUGACAUACAAAUAGGUCUUUAUCAGUUGUAUUUUGAAUUCAAUGGGGCAUUGCAGCCAGAUAAGAUCGUUGGUUUUUAUGCCAGUACAUAUAAAGAUGAAAAUAAUGCCACGAGAACUAUAGCGACAUCUAAAUUCGAACCAACUUAUGCUCGGAGAUCAUUUCCGUGCUUUGAUGAGCCAUCAUUCAAAGCUGAAUUUUCAGUAAAACUUGUUCAUCCAACUGGCGAUUGUUAUGGAGCACUUUCUAGCAUGAAUGUUGAAAGUACUCUUGUGGAUAAACCGGAAACGGGAAUGACGACAGUAACCUUUGCAAAAAGUGUGCCGAUGUCAACAUACUUAAUUUGUUUUAUCGUGAGCGAUUUUGUGGCAGUAACAGCACCGGCUAAAAAAUUAGACGGUAGUAAAAGUUUACCAAUUAGUGUUUACACCAGGAGGGCGCAAAAAGAACGCGCAUCAUUUGCAUUAGAUAUCGGAGUUAAAAUAAUUGAAUAUUACACUCAAUUAUUUAAUAUUGAUUAUCCAUUGCCCAAGUUGGAUAUGGCUGCAAUACCAGAUUUUGUGUCUGGUGCAAUGGAAAAUUGGGGUUUAAUUACAUAUCGCGAAGCACGAGUACUUUAUGAUGAUAAAACAAGUUCUACGGAUGAUAAAGAGGGUGUUGUCCAAGUAAUUGCUCAUGAAUUUGCGCACAUGUGGUUUGGAAAUUUAGUGACUAUGAAAUGGUGGAAUGAUUUAUGGUUGAAUGAAGGCUUUGCAAGUUACAUGCAGUACAAAAGUGCCGAUAAUAUCCUUCCGCAAUGGGGAUUAAUGGAUAGUUUCUUAACUUCUACACUUCAUAGUGUGCUCGUGACGGAUGCUAAAUUAAGUUCACAUCCAAUAGUACAAACUGUUGACAAUCCAGAUGAAAUCACGGCUAUUUUUGAUGUCAUAACUUACAACAAAGGUGCAUCUGUACUACGAAUGUUGGACAAUUUUAUCGGAACAGAUGCAUUUAUCGCCGGUGUAACGACAUAUCUAAAUCGUCAUGCAUACAAUAAUGCAGAGACGUCAGAUUUAUUUAAAAUUCUUCAAGAAUCAAUAAAUAGUAAGAUAAAUAUAACAGCAAUAAUGGACACGUGGACCCGUCAAAUGGGAUUCCCCGUAGUAAAUGUUGAAAAAACAGGUUUAAAUUUAACGUUAACGCAAAAACGUUUCUUGCUCGACCCCGAGGCGACAUAUGAUCCUCUUGAGUCAGAUUAUCACUACAAAUGGACAAUACCGAUAACAUAUAUCACCGAUAAAAAUUCAACUCCAACCCUCGUGUGGUUCGACAAAGACUCGCCGAAAUUGAACAUCAAAUUAACGGAACCCGUCGAGUGGAUUAAAUUUAAUUACAAACAAAUCGGCUAUUAUCGCAUUAAUUAUGACAAGCAGUCAUGGGAAAAUCUCCAUGACGUAUUGCGUUGGCAUCACAAGCGUUUCAGUGUUUCCGAUCGUACAAAUUUGAUAGAAGAUGCGUUCAGUUUAGCGCAAGCAUCCGAGCUGGAUUAUUCCGUAGCGUUAAACAUGACGUCAUAUUUAGCACAAGAGCGUAAUGCAGUUCCCUGGGAUGUUGCGUCUUCAAUGCUACUGAAUAUUGAUAAAUUAUUAUUUUCGACAAGUAUAUCAUCUAAAUUCCGCGAUUACGUAAGAAAUUUAGUCGAAAUUCCUUAUCACGAUGUGACAUGGCAAGUUGACAGCAUUGAAGACCACGAUAUGUUGAAAUUACGCCGGAUUAUUUUACAUUUAGCUUGCACGGUAGAGCACACCGAGUGUUUGGAUGAAGCUGGGGUGAUUUUCAAACGCUGGAUUGAUGAUCCGAAUGACAUCAGACCUCACCCUGACGUUCGCGGGUUCAUAUACAAGUAUGGAAUGAGUCAUGUUGGAAAAGAAGCUGAAUGGGACAAAAUGUUUAAACGAUUUAUCAAUGAGACAAAUGCUAAUGAAAAACUUAAACUGAUGAGAGGUUUGGCUGGGGUCAGAUCGAGUUAUUUGUUAAAUAAAUUUAUUGGUAUUGCUGUUGAUCUUAAUUAUGUUAAAUCACAAGAUACAUUUAAUUGUUUGCUGUCAAUUGCUGCUAAUCCUGUCGGCGGACCCCUGGUUUGGGACUGGGUACGGGAGAAUUGGGAAUUUUUAGUCAAGAGAUACACAUUAAAUGACCGUUACUUGGGACAAUUGGUACCGGGUAUCGCUAAAAAUUUUGCAACUGAAGCUAAGCUCAAAGAAUUGAAAGCUUUCUUUGAUAAGCAUCCAGAUGCGGGGGCGGGAAAAGCCUACAGGACCCGCGCACUUGAAACUGUUGCCAAUAACAUCAAGUGGUUGAAGAAAAAUAGCGAGAUAUUAGAAAACUGGCUGAGUUCACAUGUUAAAUAAUUUUUUUUUAAUACUUUAUAUUAAUUAUUAAAUUAAUAAACUUCUGCAUUUAUUCAAUUUAUUAUUUUUUUUUUUAUUUUUAUUUACUCAUUCAUUUACAGAUAUGUGUAAUGUACUGAUUAAUAUUAAUCAAUUUAUUAUUUUAUUAAAACUCUGUUCCACUUUUAAUAACUAUUAAUUAAAAUAAAAUUAAUUUAAAAG